AUGGACCAGUUGAUCCAGCAAAAUGCAGCAUUCCUGCAACACCUUGUUCCACCAGUUCAACAAAACUUGCCACGACAAGACCUUUCGAAUCCAAAUAGGGGUAAUAGGAAUCUGGAGGAGCAGGAUAAUCAUCCUCCCCAACAUGAGACCAAAGCGGAACAAAGCCAGGUGGGGAACCGACAUAAAAAGGUGAUCCACCCCUCUCUUCCACAGAGUUCCCCACCCCAUGAAGACACAACUGUCAUUGAAAAGACAGAAGAGAUUUCCCACGUUGACCUAGAGAUGCAGGAUCUCAAGGCAAAGAUGGAGGAUGUGAUGCAGGCCAUGAAGGGUAAAGGCAUUGCAGCCAUAAAUGGUUUGAUGCAGAGGACCAAUUUGUUGUUCAGCCCCUCGGUUAUGAAAUGCCCCUUGCCCAGCAAAUUUAGAAUGCCCACAAUUGAGAGUUUCGAUGGAACUAAAAAUCCCCUUGACCACUUGGAGACUUUUCAAGUGCUUAUGCACUUGCACGCAAUGCCAAAUGAGAUCAUGUGCAGGGCCUUCCCAACGACCCCCAAAGGAUCAGCAUGGAGGCAUAGAAGGUCGGCUACCCACCUUCUUACUGUAAAGCAACAGAAGGGAGAGUCACUGCGAGAUUACAUUAGUCGUUUCAACACGGAGAUGCUACAGGUGGAGGAAGCGGAUGACAAGGAGGCCCUAGCAGCCUUUAUGGGAGGACUCCAAACCUCGAGAUUCCUCUUCUCUUUAUUAGAGGAACCUCCUACCAACAUGGCCGAGUUAUUGGUUCGAGCUAAAAGACAUAUGAAUGCUGAAGAUGCAAUGAUGGCGAGAAAGGGAAAAGAAGGGGAAGAUAAGAAGGCAGACAAGAAAAGGCCGGCUCUGACAACCAAAGAUGAAAAGGAAACUAAGUAUAAGAAACCCAUGGUCAACCAGAGUGAAAAGGCGUCUCGCUAUAAGAACGCGGAGAGGUAUACAAAUUACACUCCUUUAAAUAUGCUGAUAGAUCAAGUUUUUCUGCAGAUCCAGGAUGAACCAUAUCUGAAGUGGCCACCGAAGUUGAAAUCAGAUUCGAAAAGGAGACCUCGUGAUAAAUACUGUAGGUUCCAUAAAGACUAUAGGCACGCCACAGAGGAUUGCUUCGACCUCAAGGAUCAGAUUGAGACGUUGAUCCGAAUAAGGCACAUGCGAAAGUUUAUUGUGGGGAAUGACAGAACCGACAUUAAUCCACCUAGAGCAGGCCGAGAUAACCGCCCUCCUGAUCAACAACCAAUGGGAGAAAUCAGGGUCAUAGCUGGGGGAUGUGCAGGAGGUGGAGAAUUAAGCUCAGCCCGUAAGGCCUAUGCUAGGAGAAUGCGAAGCUCAUAUGAGGUGUGCGAAGUUGGAGUACAGAUUCAACAUCGAAAGAUGCCUCGUCUAGACAAUGGAAGUUCGGCUGAUAUUAUUUUCCUUGACACAUUCAGCAAAGUGAAGAUUGGUAAAGAGAAACUUAGACCUACUAGAUCACCAUUGGUGGGAUUCACGGGAGACAAGGUCUACCCUCUAGGAGCGGUCAUUCUUCCAAUCACUGCAGGAACCAGCCUAAAACAGGUUACUGUUAUGGUAGACUUCCUGGUGGUAAAUUGUCCAUCUACUUAUAAUGUCAUCGUAGGAAGAGCAACCUUGAAUUCGAUGAGGGCCAUCACUUCGACUUAUCAACUCUUAAUGUGUUUCCCUACAGAGCAUGGCGUAAGCGAACUAAGAGGAGAUCAGACCAUUGCUAGAGAAUGCUAUGUUGCGUCUCUCAAAGAAAAGAAGCAGCAGGAGGCUUUGGUUGUCGAUGAAAUUGAAGAAAAUGAGCAAGACCGAGCCAAGCUAAUUGAGGACCUGGUGGAGAUAUACUUGAAUGACACUGACGUAACAAAAAAGGUGAGGAUAGGGUCUCUAUUCCCCUCAAAUUUCACGAAUAUUCUUAUACAGUUCCUCAGAUAG